UACGUGCAGUAAAUCGGUAGACCUGAAAUAAGCGGAGCCAGACAUUCUACAAUGUCUGCGCCUUUGUUUCCGUCUUUGGUACCCAGAGAAAUUGACCAACUUUGGUUUACUGUGGACAGACCAAUUGAUGAUGAAAAUGAAUUGUCAAAACUUGAAGAAGAAUAUCAAACAUGGCAGUGUAGCAUUGCAAAUAAGGACAACAGCAUCAUUCCCAUUGGCAAGACAUCAGAGCAUCUCGACGAGGAGGAUGAAGAGGAAGAAGACGAAGAAGGUGAUGAUGAUGAUGAAAGUGACACAAAUGAUGACACAGACAUGAUGGAUGAUCGCGACUCAGCAGAUGAUAAUAGUACAUACUGAAUACCUACAACUGUGGAUGAAGACUAAAAUAGACAUGUCUCAAAUUACAUGGAAGCUUGUAGUACAGUCUAAGAGAUAUUGUGACCAAGUUAAGAAGUCAGUCUGCAUGGUGUUCUAUAAUGCUGCCAUCCUGAGGAUAGUAUGAAAAAUACAAACAUUUUCUCACGACAUAUGUCACAUGAUUGGAACAAAGGAACUGUGUUGUUACUAAAUGUUUACAUAUUUGUUUUGUAAUAAAAAAAAUUGUUAUUUAUAA